GGCCGCGCUGAAUAAAAAUUUGUGGUCGUGUUCGCGCGCGAAUUUCUUCGCUACUGUUCCAGGAAUUCCAUCAGUUGGUGCACGGAGCCGAACAAGUUCCCCUCUCCCUGCGCUUUUGGGGCCAGCCAUUUAAAGCUCCACUGGAAAGUCAGCUGGCUGGAAGAUUUAAAUCCCCUCGCGACUUCCAUUCCGAGAACUUGGCGCGCAAAUUUAUGAAUGAAACUGCUGGUCAUUCAUAAAGGCAGCUCUCCAGGUCUCAUUCCUUCGAAGUCCGUCCGACAGUGUGGUGGUCCCAGUAUACCGGCUCCAGAAGUUCUGGUGAAGUGCACGUGAAACAACGAAUUAGUGCUAGAGCAAAACGUUCGAAAAUGUCGGUCAGUCAGGAAACGUUGGACAUGAUUACGGCGGCCAUCAAAAACGGAGCCAACGUGCAGGGCACUUUGGUCCGGUCCAAGCUGACCAACCGGCUGGUGUGGAACGCGGAGGAUAACGACGAGAACGACCCGUACCGGCAGUACCUGUCGAUGAUUGGCGGCGGACAUGCCACGGGACAGGGGAAACAGCUGCUGCAUGCCGGAAGCGCUGGAGGCCGCACGGUUCUGGGGGAGAUUCAACAGCAUGACAACUUGAACGGGCGCCGGAAUGGCAAGAAGCAUGACAAGGAGAACUGGCGCGAUCAGUGGGAGAUUCUGAAGAAGUCCGGCAACUACUGCAGCCUGUGCAAGAACAACAAGGAAGGAAGGGAGAUCUACCUGUCGCACAAUCUGAAGGGACCGAACGGAGAAGUGACCUGUCCGAUACUGAUGGAGUGUGACUGCCCUUGCUGCGGCCAGCGGGGACAUACCAUCGCGUACUGUCCGGAGAAUCAAACGGGAACCAGCGUCCUCAAGAUGAUCAAUCGUCACAACCGCAUCUAAAACGCAUGUGACUCGCGAAGUCCACUCGAAUUCUUUGGUACCCUGCUCGUAAAGGAUACCAAUCUUUGUUAUUUAUUGUAUUUAUUUAUUUAUUGACUUAACUUAUUGGUUCUAAUUGUACAAUUUUUGCUACUAACAUCCUUUACACAACGCUUUGCUAGAACUUUUACCGGGUGAACCUUCGCUCGCCCCCUUUUGAUACGACCUUUUAUCCAAAAACAUUGUAACGAUCUACUAACCGCUAGGCUUAAGUCCACAGAUGCUUGAAUUUAAUAUAACUUAUAACAAUUUGUAAGUCACACUUCACACCACUUAAGAGUAAAAGUAAUUUAUGUACCGAA